AACUGAAAUAUGUCAGUCAUACUGUAAGACUGACAACCCGAGUUGAGUCAAGGCUUACAGAGAGCCAGGAGGGGGCACAAAGGCCCUGCCGUGGGUGCUACAUGCCAUUACGAGGAGGCUGAGCCUGGCCGCGGGUUUGAGGCCGUGGCGGGCCGCGGCGCCGUGAUGGCGGCGGCGGCCCAUUGGUCCCAGCGGCCGCCAUGUUUGUUUGUCUCCCCAGUGGCCGAGCAGAGGACAGAGAAGCCAAAUAGAAAGUUGAAUAUUUCAGCUUGGAUUUUCCGUGGAAAGUGACCCUAUAUUAAAUGCAGGGUGAAAUAUGUCAAGAACUCCUAAGGAAGGAAAGGAAUCCAAGUCACACAGGGUGCGGACGCACACCAUUAUGGGUCAGGAAGAGGUUGGUGCUGGCAAGAAGUCUUUCUGGCCAGAACUUGAGAUAACAGGAAAUAUUCGAAACAUCAGUCCAGCAGUAUGGUCCCUGCAGCACUUAACAUCUCUGUACCUGAAUGACAACUGUUUGUCUCGCAUUCCUGCUGAAAUUGCUCGCUUGGAACACCUUAUGUAUCUCGACCUGUCAUGUAACAAAAUCCGCAGCCUCCCCGCCGAAAUUGGUGAACUAACGCGUCUCAGGGAACUGCUGCUCAACAAUAAUCAGUUGCGCGUCCUGCCGUACGAAAUAGGCAAGCUUUUUAAUUUGCAAAACAUUGGCCUCAAAGGAAAUCCACUCACCAUGGAAAUUCAAGCCGUCUACUCGGACAGCAACGGGACCCUCAAGCUCCUCUCCUACAUGCUGGACAACCUGGCAGGUAAGGUGCCGCCCCCUGUUGUCCGUUGAAGUCGGAGUCAUAUU